UUACACUGCGAAGAGAGUGAAUGGUGCAAUAACAUGUCUUAUAUGUCUAUUAAUCAAUUUAACUUAAUUGCACUGGAUUUCUGCUGAUGACAAUUUUUAUACUAGGUUAUUAUUACCUCUGCUAAAAAUACCCUGCGAGACGAUUUCUCCAUGGUAAUUACGCGCAAACAUAUGAUGCGCGAAAAACCAUACUUUGUAAAAGGGAGGGGCUUUUCUUAGAGAAUGUCUAUUUAUACACACCUUCUGUAAAGUCCGUGUAUUAUAUGCUCGAAACAUUACACUUGAGCAUUUCGGAUGUUUUUUCCUUGCUAGUAAGUAAAUUCAUGAAAUACUACAAGGAUUGAUAACUUUUAUCAAACGAAAUGAUUUAGAUAAUUUUUUCUUUGCUCAUCGCAAAAAAAAAUCGUGUUUUUUACACUAUAUAAUGGAACUAAUGUACCUUGUAUGCCAAACUGAACGAAGGACAAAGGUUAAUUGAUGAAUGAAAACAUAUUACUUUAGUUUUUGAGGUUAAUUGACAUUUCUAUAAGACAAAGAAAGACCUCUGGGAUCUUAAAACAAAGAAUAAAAGGACGCAAUGAUUGAGGAGGCUUUCAACAUUUCAGGAAACGUAACAGUUUCAAAAGAAGAUCCAAAAGUGGAUACUCUCCUGUUUUUAUUUGGCUUACCCACUGCUGUUCUCAACUGUAUAUCCAUUCUGGUACUUUUAAAAAGCAAAAAGCUCAAAUUUUCUAUCCGUCUGCCUGCAUUACAGAUGGCCAUUUCUGAUAUGUGUUUAGGUGUUAUUUCGUGUAUUCCAAGCACCAUUUUUGAUAGUCUCGAUAUUUGCAUCACUAAAAGAUAUUUCAUCGUAGCGUUUUACGUCUUUGGGUGUUUGACCAUAACCAUUAUGAACACAGAUAGGUUUAUUUCACUUCGAUUUCCUUUUCAAUAUGUCAAGAUUUGUACACAUGUCAAUAUAACAGCGGCCUGUCUUCUUUCUUGGAUAAUAGCCAUGCCUUUGCCAAUUCUGGAAAAUUUCUGUCAUAUGCAAACUUUGUUGACGGACAGGGACUCAUUUCAAUGGUCACCUUUUGUAAUUUUUGGAAUUGUCUCCAUAAAUCUUGGGGAGUAUUGUUACGUCAUCAAAUGCGUCACGAAGAAUACUACAAAGAAAUUUCAAGCAUCCUUAGGAAACAGAAGAUGUAUAAUAAAGAUAUCUCUGUUCACGGGAUGUUUCGUGCUUUUCACUUUUCCAAUGUUUGUCGCCAACAUGGUGAACGCCAUUAAAGACGAAUCAGAUGAAGGGUUAUUACAGAGGCUACGAAUUCUGUUUUCUGUAAUGGCGAUGAUUAAUCCUAUCCUUAAUCCAUUCCUGUAUUGCUUUCUAUUUACUGAAUGUCGUUUUCAAGUAAUCGGUAUAUUUUGUUUCUGGAAUAAAACAUUGUCCGAAAGGAAUAAAACAAAUCGAAAUAUUUUUUUCUGCUCCUACAUGCAACAGUCGGGUCCUCCCCGUCUAACAACUAAUAUGUGAAAAGAGUAACUAAAACUAAUCUGUAAUUGUAAAAGUGGUAACUAUGUCGUAUAUUUUUCUGCCAGAAUUUCAAACAACAUUAAGGAACGGUAUAUAUUAGAAGACAAACUUUAUUUUAAAAAAAAACAUUUUAA